AUGAUAGCAAAGCAUUCUAAAAAUUUAUCUAAUUCAAUUAAACCUAUUAAAUCUUCAAAUAAAAAACAAAAAGCCAAAUAUUUCGAAGAAACUAAAGUUCGAGAUGAUGAUAGUGAAGAAAUUACAGUAAUCAUUUGUCAAAUAAAGAAAAAAGAUAAUACUAUAUGUGGUAUAUCAUAUGUCUAUACAAGCAGAUUAACAGAAAACGUGAUUAAUCAUCUUCGGAACAUAUAUGAAAUUAACAAAAAUAGAAAUACCAAAAAUAAUAAGCAAGUCAUAUUAAAUAAGCAACAUACUGAAGAAUGGCAAAUUCAAUUAGAACAAUCACUUACAACAUGGAUUAUAAAAGAUUCACAGCCCAUUCAUAUUGAAAUCCAAAAUAAAAUCUUUAUUAUCACUACUAAUAAUGAUACUAAUGUAAAAAGAGCAGUAUUGGAUAUGAAAAAUAUGAAAUGGCUAAAUUGCACAUCACAUACUCUACAACUUGUAGUUACAAAGAGACUAAUUUCAGCCAAAGUAUUAAUUAAAAGAGUUAAGCAUAUAAUUAAAUUUUUUAUGCGACCUAAGCAGUGUGAAAGGCUCGAAGAAGUUCAAGCCAGAUUUUUAGAAACUCAAAAUAUAAAUGAUUGCGAAAAUGAAAAUAAAAAUGAUAAUAAUACUAGUAAUUUUAAGAUAAAGUAA